AUUUACAUCCCAAAUUCAAUCUCCUAAUCAAAUUUCAUUCUUUCUUCUUCAUAAAUGCUGCUAUGGCCGGAGGAAAAUCUAAAAGCAAGGCCUCCAAGAAGAAGACCAACAUCGAAGCUACGACCUCUGCGCCCCAGCCGUUUCCCUAUCUAGACGGCUCAUUUCUUGAGUUCGGGUCGGAUGAAGAACUCACAUGCUUCCUCAAUCACUUUGCCAAAUGCCCGAUUUCUCCGCCCAGGGUGCUGCUCGAGCUAUACCCUCAACAAAAGGGGUACCACGACCUCGACAAUCAGCUUCAAGCAUCAGGUCUAUGCUCGUUCGUCUCCAGGAGCCGUCAGUCCUACAAUCCCGCCUUUGUCCAGGCCUUCUACUCCAAUCUUCGCCGUGACGGGGACACCAUACACAGCAGCAUCAAUCUCUACGACAUAGAGAUUGAUUUGCCUACCUUUGCUCGGGUCGCAGGGCUGCCCAUCCGCGGUGAUGACAUCGCGACUUAUGGUGGCGACGAUUGGAUCCUCAACAACGAGGCGGUCGUCAUUCAUGAGCUUGGGAUCACCAACUUGAUCCGCCACAGCGGCGCGCUGACGAUUCACUCAGCCCCACCGGACAAGCGCCUCCUCCUCUACAUCAUCACCCGGAGUCUUCGCCCCCGGGACAGCAGCCAUACCUCGCUCUUCAACGAUGAUUUGAAGGCGAUUCAUGCAAUCAUCCACGGCGCCUCCAUCAAUUGGGCAAAAUUUGUCAUGAUACACAUGGUGGAUUGCGCCUCACUCGCCACCGAGCGGAGCUUGCCGUACGCUUUCCUCAUCAUGGACAUCAUCGUCUCCGCCAAUAUCCACAUCGCCGGGCCAGACAUGAAGAUGACGAAGCUUUGGAUGAUCGCCGACAGCACCUUCCGGAAGAAGUCCGGAAAUAGAGACGGCGCAGGCCCAAGUCGUGCACCAGCCCCCGCUCCCGCCAAGGCCUCUUUGCAAUCCAUAGCCGAUACUCUGAAUCGGCUAACCCUCACAAUGGAUGGCAUGGGGCAGUCAAUCGAGCGGAUGGACUCGACGUUGCAACGCCAACACCACGACAUGAUGGCAUACUUCCGUGGCGUCAACUACGUUCCGCCACCUUUCGACAGCACCAUUCUCGGCCAAAACUUUGAAGGCGAGGACGAGGACGACGACUCCUACGCUCCGUCCUCCUCCCCCAACGAGGCCGACUUUGAAGAUGCGGUCGACGGCGAUCUCAUGGACGUCGAGGACGACGAGGAUGACGAUGAGGACGAGCACGCCGAUGCCUAGACUCUUCUUUUCUCUUCUCACCUUACUAUGAUUGUACUUUUUAUUUCCAUUCCGUUGUAUUCCGCAUUUCCCUUUUUAAUGAAUAAAAGUUUACUUUUAAAAUUCUAAAGUUUACUUUUAAUUCUUUUUGUUAAUGUCAAAAGAGGGAAGAUAUCACGGUUAUGCAUAAAUUAAGGGGGAAUUU